AAAAUGGACAGCGAAAGUUUGUUAAAUACGAAUGAAAUUAAUAUUGUUCGAGGGAAAUAUCAAAUUGAAGAUGUUUGUCGAAAAAUUGUUAAUAAUUAUCGAAAUAUGGAUGAAUUAUUCGGAGUAAUGGAUUUAAGUGAAGUUGUGCGUAGAUUUUUACGUUUAAAGGAAAUCAUGCCACGAGUUGAACAAUUUUAUGCAAUGAAAUGUAAUCCCAAUGAAAAUAUCUGUAAAGUUUUGGCUGCUGUUGGAUGUAAUUUCGAAUGUGCAUCAACGCAUGAAAUUAAUCGAUUGUUAAAUUUAAAUAUUGAUCAAGAUCGAAUUAUAUUUGCAAAUCCAUCAAAACCAGUAUCACAAGUAGAAUAUGUUGCAAAACAUCAAGUUAUGAAAAUGGUUUUUGAUUCGGAAAUGGAAUUACAUAAAAUCCAUGAAAUUUUUCCAAACGCUGAACUUGUUUUACGUUUUCGAUGUGAUGCAAAAAAAGCGGAUUUUAUGUUGGGCGAAAAAUAUGGAUGCAAUCCAGUUUUAGAUGCUCCAAGAUUAUUAAAAUUAGCUAAAGAAUUACAGUUAAAUGUAAUUGGAGUCUCAUUUCAUGUGGGUUGCGGAUGUAAAGAGCCAGAAGUAUACGGACGUGCAAUAAAAUUUGCUAGAGACAUAUUCAAUUCUGCAUUAGAAAUUGGGUUUUCUAUGAACUUUUUAGAUAUUGGGGGUGGUUUCCCAGGACAUUCUUCUGUAGAUGUUAAACCAAUAACAGAUAUUGUAAACAGUGCAUUAAGUACAUAUUUCCCAGAAGAUAAUGUACGGAUUAUAUCCGAAUUUGGACAGUAUUAUGUAACAGCGGCGUGCACUCUCACUUCAUGUAUUUUGGGAAAACGGAAAAUUCAAGACGAAAUUACUACAGAGAAAAUAAUGUAUUUUAUUAAUGAUUCUGUAAUGCGAAAUUUUAUAAUUUCAUUAUGUGAUGUUUAUGUUCCCACUCCAAGACCAUUAUUUCUGAAUUCUGCAUCAACAAAGCAAUACAAAUCAACAAUCUGGGGUUGCACAAUGGAAUCAAAAGAUAAAAUUCAUGACAACAUUUUAUUACCGGAAUUAAAUUGUGCUGAUUAUAUAAUAUUCGAAAAUAUGGGUGCAUAUUCACAAUCAUGUGAAUCAAUUUUCUGUGGAUAUUCGAAAACUUUGGUUUAUACAAUUGUCGAUGAAUUCACAUAUGAAAUGAUAAAAAAUCAUGAAAUCUUUAAGACGAAUUCAAAUUUGGUUGAAUUUAAAUUAAAUAAUUUAUUUAAUUAG